AUGUCCGACCUAUGCUCGCUGCUGGCGCAAGUACGGGAUACGCUACACACCCUCAUCCUGAACAUUCCAUUCCAAGACCUGUUCAUGUAUGACGACCGAUAUGAAGUCAGGCAGAUUUUCCGCAGCAGACUGGAGGGCCUGACAUGUAUAGAAACGGCGGCCAGCGGCCAAGGCCAGUUCGUCGGGUCUCAAGAGAUGGACAGGAACUAUAGUUCCCCGUCCUGGUCCGUGCGGUUGGCCUGCCCGAAGUGGAUGUUGAUUCGCCGUCUCUACCUUCACGAUAUCAUGGUCGACAAGCAUUUCGCAGACGAGUGCGCGUCGUUGCCAUAUUUGGAGAAUUUGGUCCUCUAUCGGUCCAGCUACGACAGACACUACGUCGGGAUGGCCAAGCUGGUCGAAAGGAAGACUCACGACGAUCUACCGCUGGUCAUCAUCGAUUAUCACCGUGGUUGGACUAAAUACAGUCGACGGUACAUGGGCCAACUCGAUGCGCUCGCUGAGACGCAUACGAACCUGCGUAUUCUCGAUCCGCCCGAGGCGCCUUUCAAGUGGCCGCGCUGGAUCCAGGAGGGGGCAGAGACAGGGGAUCUUUGGAACCUCUGA